AUGGCAGAGGCAAAUAUCACCUUAGUGACUGAAUUCUUCCUUGUUGCAUUCGCUAAAUGUCCUGAAUGGGGACUCCCUCUCUUCCUCCUGUUUUUAUUUAUCUAUCUCAUCACCUUAUUGGGAAACUUGGGGAUGAUCAUUCUAAUCCGUAUGGAUCACCGGCUCCACACCCCGAUGUACUUCCUUCUGAGUCACCUCUCCUUCAUGGACAUCUGCUACUCUUCUGUCACUGUUCCUCAGAUGAUGGACGUGCUGUUGGAGCAUGGGGCAGUGUUAUCCUAUACACGCUGUGCUGCUCAGUUCUUCCUGUUCACCUUCUUUGGUUCCAUCGACUGCUAUCUCCUGGCUACCAUGGCCUAUGACCGCUAUGUGGCUGUAUGCCAACCCCUGCUUUAUGUCACUAUCAUGACACAGAAGACCCGCUUGAGUUUUGUGGUUGGGGCUUACAUUGCUGGUCUCUUCAGUGCUUUGGUGAGGACAGUCUCAGCUUUCACUCUCUCCUUCUGUGGAACCAAUGAGAUUGACUUUAUUUUCUGUGACCUCCCUCCUUUGCUAAAGCUGACCUGUGGGGACAGCUACACCCAGGAAGUGGUAAUCAUUGUGUUCGCCAUUUUUGUCCUCCCUGCCUGCAUGGUUGUGAUCUUGGUGUCCUACCUGUUUAUCAUCGUGGCUAUUCUGAGGAUCCCUUCCGCUGGAGGUAGGGCCAAGACCUUCUCUACAUGUGCCUCCCACCUCACUGCUGUGUCACUUUUCUUUGGCACCCUCAUCUUCAUGUACAUGAGAGAUAACUCUGGCCAGUCGUCAGAAGAAGAUCUAGUGGUGUCUGUUUUCUACACAAUGGUGAUCCCCAUGUUGAACCCCCUUAUCUACAGCCUGAGGAACAAGGAAGUAAAAGAGGCCUUGAGAAAAAUUCUCAAUAGAAUCAAGUUGUUUUAA